AUGAUGAUAAUGAUGAUGGCUCCCACCAAGAGACUGUCUGGUCUGCAAAAGGACGUGCUGAGUUUGUACCGCUCCAUUCUCCGAGAAGCCAUCAAGAAGGAUCGUCAAGUAUUGACAUCCAACGACCUUGUGGUUGGCCCCUUACUCUAUUCCAAGCAACGGACAACCACAGGCUACGCCAGGACAGAAUUCCGUCAUCAAUGCCAACAAGUCAAACGUUCCGAAUUCAAGAAGAUUGAAUACAUGAUUCGAAAGGGAGAAAAACAACUCAAAUUACUGAAAAUGCCCGGAACCAAGGUUGUCAUGGGGACGUCGUGA